AUGAUCCUGCUCAGCCGCGGCGUGCCGGCGCCCAAACUGCUGCUCAAGCUCGCGCUCGCCAAGUACGACGCCUCGGCGGCCCUCAGCGACCCGUCUCUGGACACCUCCGGGCACGGGGCAUCCGUGGAGGCGCUGCUUACGCGGGGGGUGCUGCGCCACGAGUCGCUGAGACAGCCGCACAUCGGCGCCGGCCGGUCCGGCCCAAGCUCGCGCCGCUUCGCGCUGCCGCUCCGGUGGGCGUGCGGCACGAUCAGCGGGCCGCUGCGCGACCCGCUGCGCGACCGCGACGCCUCCGACUGCGCGGUGCCGAGGCGUGCCGACGCCGACCCCCAGCUGCGGCCCAGGCGAGGGCGGGAGAGAGAGCGCUGCCGCCCGUCGGCCGGAAGGUCGGAGACGGUGCCUGCGCCGGUGGGCCGGCGCGACCUGCCCAAGCACGCGGGCUGGCUGGCGGUGGAGAGCUCGCGGCUCGGCUCCGUCUCGACCCAGCUGUCGACGGCGCAGUGCAGCGGGUUCGGCUCGAGCAAGUCGGCCACAUCGACCGGCUCCCACGUUCGGCUCGACGGCGUCUAG